AUCACCAUUCAGUUAAAUUUUUUUUAAUCUUGUUUCUGCCGUUAACCGGCAAUUUUUCUCCCUGCGUUUUUAUAGUUGUAUCUGAGUAUGAUAGUAUACACGUGUUUUUUCAACUGCUGUUAAAAUUUUUGUAUGAUUUAUAAAAUCAGUUUAUAACUUUGUUAAUGCGUAUAGAUUACAUUUUUAAAAAUGCGGCGAUCAAUGAAGUCAGAUGAAGAUGGAAAGGAUGCAAAAGCUCCGACUUCAGGCCGAAGAACUCGAUCUCUUUAUUCUGUCGCAGAAUUACCCUUACGACGUAGUUCCCGGAUAAGUAAACAAAAUGAUUCUUCUGAAAUAUGUGAAUUGCCCCGAAACACUAGAAGUCGAAGUCGAUCUUCUACAAGAGAACUCGAAACUGAAUCCGUUAAGAAUACGAGGCGGGUUGUUAGAGCUGGAUCGGAGACGAAAACGAUGACACCAGGUACAGUUACUCGCAGAACGAGAGCCAGUUCUGUAACUAUGUCGGAUGAUGACUUGAAAGCUACUCUCUCAACUCUGCCACAUUUUGAAACUCCCUCGAGGACUCGCAAGCGUUUGUCAAUGGCACCUACUCAACCCUCUCUCGCUGAGGAAACUCAAGACAUGAAGGAAGCAAACCCUUCAAGUACCGAGUCUCCAAUUAUUGUAAUAGAAGAUGAAAUUUCCGUUGAAUCAGAUUCCACAACAGCUGGAGAUGUCGAAGAAACAGAUUCCAAACAUAAGGAUAAGAUCAGUUCUCCGAAAGCGUGUCCCAAUGACGCUAAAGCUUCUGAGAUUAAUUUAUCAAACGGCUGUGACAAAAGUCAAUUAUCUGAUUUAUCAAAUUCAUGUAAGAAAUCAAUUGAAUCUCCCUCGGAUAAAUCAAGUCUUCUUUUCGAUGAUUCACCUACGGAAACUUGUCAAAUAAUAGACGACGAAGUGAAAUCCAACAAAUCAAAAAUUAAAUUCACACAAUCCAAGGAAACGAGCGAAACUAUUAACGUUACCGAAGUUAUUCCCGAAAAAGUUUUGAAUCCAAUUCAGGAGGUUGACAGCGAUUCUGACGUUGAUGUCUGUGGAUCACCCAAUAAAUCGGAUGAAGUUUGUAAAGGAAAUGCCGAAAGUGAAGAUAGCAACGAAGAAAUCGACGUUUGUGACAUAAACGCCACUGAGAAGGAGAAUAUCGAGAAUCAAGAGGUUUUCGUUGUAUUGGAAGAUGUUUUAGAAAAAGUGAAGCAAACCUCUUCGUAUUGCAAAAUAAAACAGUUAUUUUUCUCAAAACGAAAAGAGCAAAUUCAUGAGAGAAGAAGUAUCAGUGAAGGAGUAAAUACAAAUAAUUCUCUCUCGAAGAAACGAAACAGUCUGUCAGCUGAAUUAGUUCGAAAGAUAGCCAAACAUAUCAGUGACACUGACGAAGAGAAAACCAGUGGCAGAGAAAGUGACGCUGAAAAAACAACGGAAACGAUUAAAGAAACAGAAAUUGUAGAGGAUGAAACGCUGAAAACAAAUUUAAUUGGUCAGGAGGAAAUUUCUCAAAAUGCUCCGGAAAUAAUAUCAAUUGUUUCAGACACUGAAGCAACAAUUUCAACUGCCCCAAGCACUCAAGAACAUGGCUCAAUUAUUCCAGAAACUGAUUAUGAAUCGGAAUCUGAAAACUUAAUCAAUUCCAUUAAUUCACAAGACGAUAUCCAAAUUCUGGAAGAAACAUCACCAGCAAUAGAAGAAGACUCUUUUCUCACUGAAAUUAAUCAGUUUCCUAUUGAUUCUCCGAAAAAAAUUAUCAAAACUCAAAUUCUCCAGGAGAAUUUAAGAGAAUCUCCAGAGAAGUUAUCCAAACAAACGAUUUUAAAAUUAAGUCCAAAGAAACAAUUUUCUCCAGAAAGUCCUCAAAAAGCUGCAAAAAGUCCAAGAUUGUCCGCAAAAUAUUCUGAAUCUCCGAAAAAAUUAAAUUCACCAACUAUUUGUCAACAAGAGAAGAAGAGUCCUAAUAUUGAAAAAUUGGAAAUUUCAUCUCCAAUUGAAGACAAAAUUCAAGACAUCCAAUCGCCGAUUAAAAAUAAAAUUAGUAAUGAAAAUUCACUAAAUUCUCCCAAUAAGAAUGAACUUAAUGUUUCAAAUAUUUCAAAUAAUUCUAUUAAUGAAGAAAAUUCAAACAAGAGACACGAUGAAUCAAUUUCGAUUUCUUUAGAAAAUUCAGAAUUAUCUCCGAAUACUUCAAAUAUUAAUAUUACUCAGCUCUGUGAGGAAGAAAGUCCUGUUAAUAUAAAUUUGACAUACGAAAGUGAAUCGGAAACUGAAGAGAAAGCGCAAGAAAUUAUUGAAAAUUCUCCAAGUGAAUUGGAAACUGAAGAGAAAGCUCAAGAAAUUAAUCAAAAUUCGCAAAGUGAAUCGGAAACUGAAGAAAAAGCGCAAGAAAUUAUGGAAAAUUCGCAAAGUGAAUCGGAAACUGAAGAGAAGCCCGAAGAAAUUAUUGAAAAUUCCCAAAGUGAAUCUAUAGAAAAUAAAUCAGAAACUGAAGAAAAAUGUCAAGAAAAUGUUAAAAUUUCUGAAUGUGAAUUUAAAGAAAAUAAUGAAUCAGAAGAAGCGUUAGAAACCAAUGAGGACUCAGAAAUUGAAACGGCUAAUUCAAAGUCUGAGAAUGAAUUGAAAACUAUUGAGACUGCUGAAAAUUUAAAUCAUGAAAACAUUACUGAAGAAUUAUCAUCUGACACGGUGAAUAAAAGUUUUGAUUGUAAAAAUGAUAUUGAAAAAUCGAAAGAUAAAUCUUUAUGUGAAGAAAAUUGCACUUUGAAAGAAAUGUCGUCAGUUUCUCCGAAAAAGAAAAUUAUUUCGGCUACUGAAACUGAAAGCGAAAUAAAUAAUAAAUCGUCUGAGGCCGUUACUCAGAUAUUAGAACCGCAGGAAGUUUCCGAAAAUUUGCAGUCGACGGAAGAAAUUUGUAAAUCCAAGGAAUUGGAGAAUGUUAAUUUAAAUGUUUCUACGAGCACAAGUGAUUCAAAAAACAAUUCUAUAAUAGAUUUAGAGAAAGUAAAUUUUGAAAAUCGUAUUUCUCCAUCACCGGAAAAUAGAAGAUCUUCUAUUGUUGCAGGCUCGCCGGAAAAGCAGACGGAAGAUGACAACCCACUGUUUUACUUCCAGGACGUAACUGCCGAGGAAUUCACCACGCAACCUAAGGAUGAUCUUAUUCUGCUCGACGAUGAUGUUGAUGAAGAUGAUGAGCCUAAAUUUGCGAAAAACAAAACCGACAAUGAUUCUUCGAUUAUUAUUUUGCCUCAGGAUGGGAACGAAAGGAAAGAAGUAAAAAGCGGCGUUAGUCGAUUAUCAAUUGAAUUUAUUGAGAAAAUUUCCGAAAUUGAACAUUUGCCAGACAAUUCAAUUGAAAAAUCACCAGCGAAAUUAAUCACAAGUACUUCAAAAGAAAUAAUUGAAAAAUCUCCCGAGAAAAUUGAAAAAUCUCCAAAGAAAAAAAUUGAUUCAUCAGAAAAAAUAAUUGAAAAAUCUCCCGAAAAAAUUGAAAAAUCUCCAAAGAAAAUAAAU